AUGGCGCAGAAGCGGCUGUAUAGAAUAACCGGCGCAGGCGCAAGGGGCGGCGCAGGCGCGGGCGCGGGCGGACCUGUUCGGGCAACGGUGUCGCGGGCACCGCACACCUACGAGCUCUCAGUCCUUUCGCAGCGGCCAACGGUACUGGAUGUGCCGCUAGCUGCUCCGCAUAAAGUAAACAGCGACGAGGAAACUUACCGUGUAGUGUUA